UCCGGUCUAUUACGGAUGUUGUGUUUGGAUACACCAGGACCCCAAAACAGACCACCAUGAGGAGCAUAAUCAGAUGUAUUAAAUAUGAUAAAUAAUUAAACGACACUUAUAUUCACAGAGUAGCAACGCUCUGAAAUUAAUGGACACUCGUAAAAGCUAAUAAUAAAUGACCGUGCGCGAGCCAGGGAUUAAGCGCGCAGCCCACAUCGGCAUUUCAUAAGAGCAUUUUAACUCAAAUAAAUCAUUUGGGUACCAUGGAUGGCGAGUUACCACCAUGGAAUAAACAUGGAAAUCAUAACAGCAGGAUUCCCUUUAAUACUGCAGGGGAACAUCAGCAGGGGCAUGACAUGAUAGGAGACAGCUUUGCUGCUGGAGAACAAAUGACGUCACUGUCAUCCUGUAUGAGUGGUGCAUUUAAGGCUUUGUUACCAGAUUACCAUGGAACUUCUUCAGCAAUGUCAGCAAACUCUGAUAAAUAUUCCUAUUCUCCUGAUAAUCAUUGUCUCAUCACACCUGGCAUUGCAGUGGAUAGUGAUUUUUUGAAAUACCCUUUGGAUGAAGCAUCAGCUAGUGUCACACAUGUGCUUCCUCUCAGGUGUGCCCAAUAUGUGAGACAUGAAAAGAAUCAAGAGUUGGACCAGGGAAAUGGCAACUGGACAUCAGUGAUUAAAGAUGCUUUAGAGAUGAGUAAUGUAAUGGAAAUGGAACAGACUUUAUCCAUGGAUGAAUGUGGCCCCCUAAUGGACUAUAAUCCUAUAUAUAAAGGACCUGAAACUGAGGCAUAUUUUAAAUUACAGGACCACGUUGAUCUUCAGAUUGCAGGAUCUGAGAAGCAGGACGGACUAGGAGUAAAAAAAGAACCAGAUUCCUUUAUUUUAGUGUUGUCAGAGGAUAUCAGUAAAAAUAAAGAUGUUCUGGAAAUGGGGAAACAUGAGGAGGCAAGCAUCUUAGAUGUUGGAUCAUCUCUGGAAAAAGAGGAACUUGGAAUUACUGGAAUUGGAGAACAUGAGCCAGGAUUUACCAGGAGUUCAUACACUCCUUUUUCUUCAUCAGAAAGUCUUAGAAAAAGUGAACCAUGUCCAGGUACGCCUUUGGACAACCAGUCUGUUGAUCACAACCUCCAGGUAACAAGACAAUGUGGGCUGUUGUGCAAAGAUGUCAGUCCUAGAAAAACUGCCAGUACAAAUACUGGCUUCAAACAUGCAAAAGUAAACGAUGAAACUGUUCCUGAAAGUUAUACUGUAUAUGGGCUUCAUCAUCCUGAUCUUCAAAAGGGCUGUCUCCAAGCAGAGAUUACAGAUGAAAAAACUUCAGUUAAUUCUCAAGAUCAUUUCUCACAGCGUAAUGUGCAAGACGAGAGGGUAAAGACAAGCAAACCGCAUGUCUCUGUAAGUACAGUAAUAAAACAAAGUGCUGCUUAUCUGCCAGCAAAAAAUGAAACUAAUGAUUUUCAGGAGACAUCUAUUAGCACAGAACAUGCUAAACUCAGUCUUAAGGUGAAAACAAAACUUGCCCCUGAAAUUCAGAACUCCUCUUCAGGAUCAGAGAAUCAUAUAUCAAACCACAAACUUGAUGGCAUACCCAAUGAUCACAGCCUGUAUGUUUAUUCCCACCCUGACAGACUCUAUGUGCCCCCUAGUCGCAGAGUACAGCGUCCGGUCAUUAAUUUGGACCCUGAUGAACCAGAGGAGGAGGUCUCAGACUCUCAGAAUCCUGGUCAUGAGCUUCCAAACAGUGAAAUCACUUCUCAGUCUGACGGCACACACCUACCUCAGGCCACUUUAGAUCAGGAGACCACCAACCUAAAUUCAAGUGAAAGCAUAGAGAUGAUGGCAAAUGGUCAACAGAAUUACAGCCGCAAGUAUCAGAGAAGCUCUUCAUUUGUGGAGACAAGUGUUGACAUGGACGUAGAAACAACUCCUCAAGAAGAUUUGGAGGAGAGUUUUGAAUGUGCAGACUGUACUGAAAAACUAACCAGCGUGUUGGGCCUUUAUGAACAUUACAUUCUUCAUGCAAUGGGAGAUGCAUAUGUGCAGGUAAACUGA